AUGGCGACCGAGCAUGGGGCGCCGGCCGAGGGCAUGGAGUGCCUGGCCACGAUGGACGACAUCACGGAUGACAACUACUGCGAGUACCAGACGUACCCGAGCAUGACGUGGCACGCGAGCAAGUUCUGCGCUGAGGUCACGCUGCAGCUCCUCGACGCGCAGUUCCCGGCCUACAUGAAGGGCGUGCAAGAGCCCGACUGCAAAGCGGAGCUGCGUCGACUCCUCGCCAAGGGCCCGCCGAUCUGGCUCGAAGACAAGUACGGCUUCCCGCUGCCCGAGAAUGGCGACACGCACCUCGUUGCGUUGUGGUUCCUCUCGACGGGCGAAGAGCGCAGCGCAAAGCUCACGGGCGCGCUCGAAGGCGACGACCGAGAGAAGCUCUGGGCGGAUCUCAAGCAGCUGCUCACGGCCAUGGAGGAAGACGACGAGACCGAGUCGUAA